AUGGAUCCCUCUCGUGAAAGCAGGGUUCUUCAACGCGUCAUGAACAUACGAGACGGAAUCGAAGUGUUAGAACUGGAAUUAAAUGACAUUCGACGGCUCGUGGGCAGAAUGAUAGAACUGGAUGAGAGAGAAGCAAUAUUCGAACACUUUUGGUUAAUAAGGAAGCGGUUGAGAAGGUUUCGCGAACUAGUAGAAUUGGCCAAAGAACUGUUGGACCAUUUGGACGUGGAGGGAACAAAAAUGUAUCAUGUCGUUGAGUUUGAUGGUGAUGGUGGUGUCGGCAUUGUAAGAGAGGAGUGGCUGACUCCAAGAAAAAAGGAAACAUUUUGGCCGCCGUUUAAAAUCUCCAGCCAGUAUAAUAAAUGCUUGGUUGAUGGGACCAAACCAGAGAAUACUUGGGUGCUGUGCAAGAUUACAAGAAAAUUCUAUGUCACAGACGAUAUACAGAAGGCAAGGCAGAAAGCUAAAGAAGCAGAAGAUGAAUCUGAUGUAAGGACAGAUUAUGAAGAAGGGAUUGUAAAAAGAAAACGCAAACAAAAAAAAGUGUUUUCGGAAAGUAGUGAUGAUGAAAAUUCUCCCACCAAGGAGAAUUUAAAAAAAAUUAGACAGUCUGUGCCAGUUUUGCCAGAAACAUUCUCGGUUACACCGAUUACAGUUACAAGUUUUGACGAAGUUCCUGUUGAGGAAGAGCAUGUUGAAAAUGCACCUUUUUCACCCUUUCUUUUGCACAAUGAAGAGCAAGAUCUUCCCUUAGCGUCUGCCGGUUUUGAAGUUGUCGCUCGGCGGUUGGCGAAAUGCGAAAGCAUGCUGGAAGAAAUACUGGAAAACCAGAGAAAGAUUAUUAAUGUUGUUUUUGCAGGAGAAGAAGUGUCAAAUGCUGAAGUAGAAUUAAAUGGUGUGCAUCUUCCAUGCGAAAGAAUAGAAGACGUUGAGAAAUUGGAAUGUUGGCUUCAAAGCCCAGAAAAUUUCCAGUUACUGGAGAAAAACCUACUGUAUAAAGGAGGGAAGACUCUCCGGGAGGUAUCCUAUCGAAUUUUAGGAAAAAUAUUUUCAAACUCAGUUGGGAAGAAUUAUAACUGGACUGGAAAGAGUGGGAAGCAAUCCUUGAAAAAACUCACCAAAACUGUAGCUGUGAUUCAAUGCACAAUUCGUAGGAAUUUUGCUUCCUCGGGAGCAACAGACUCGGAAAUUGAAACAGUCGUGCGUAACUGGUUCCGGUACGUUAAAGACCGGGAUGGCGGAAGGGAGCAUCGCCGCAACCUCCAGCAGUUCUAAUUGCCGGAGCAAAAGUGAAAA